UUAAAUUUAUCGAAAGACAGUGAACGCACCAUUGUUUUGCAAAGUUAGCUUGCCGACUACCACUAAAAUCAUACCAACUCCGCGUAAUUAUCAUUACAAUGACUGCUUAAACUGAGUUAUAAUAUUCCAGAGAUGUAUGCGAAUAACAUAGGGAACUCGUGGGUUAAUGUACUAAGCUUUUUAACUCACGGUUUAGCUCCGAGAAUGGCUCUUGUGUAGUUAGCAUCGCGCUAGCUUCGUAAUUGCAUGUGAAAUGAAGCAAGAAGACAAAAUGUGGGAAACUUCAAAUCUUAGUCUUUCUGCGGAGGAGCAGAAAGAGCUGGCCAAAAGAAUCAUUUGCUUUUUAUCACAGUACAGAUACCUGUCAGAGUCAUACAUCAUUGAGUUCUUCACUGAAGAUUUGUGGCACAAGUUGCCAAUCAGCUGGCAGUCUGUUCUGCAACAUCUGACCUAUCCUCAGAUAGCAGAGCUGCUGCUGGAUGCUGGACAUGGACACAGGAGGUAUCCACACGUGUGGCCGCUGUCCCUCUUGGCUUUCCGUGCCAGCGCUCACUCCCUCGCCUUUCCCAGAAGUUCCCGGCGGUCACCAAGCUGCACUGACGGUCCAGCCAAACCCAAAGAGUUUCAGGAGAACCUGAACCAGAGCUCGCUGCUGGCACAUGCCUUCCGCAAGCACGUCAAGCCAAAGAAGCAACAUGAGAUCCAUGAGCUGGGCAUGUUGGUUAAGGAACUUUGUGAGUGGACGGAGUGCAACCGCGUUGUAGAUGUUGGUUCUGGACAGGGUCACCUGACUCGCUUUCUGUCAUUCGGGCUUGGCUUGUCAGUAACGGCCAUCGAGGCUGACCCUGCGCUGGUUGCCAUGGCAACCAAGUUUGAUGAACAGCUACUGUGCGCCUUGGACAAGGAGAGGCGGAAAAAACAGAAGUGUUCCUCUGAUCCGCCAUCAUCGGAGUCGUGUCCUCGCCACGUGACGGGUUGGGUGGACCCCAAGGCCUCCUGGGAGUCCUUCAUGCAGCAGCUGGGCACAGGCCACGCUGUUGGCGAAGGUCCAUUUUCCCCCCAUAACAAGAGACUCCGGUGCCCUGAGGCGGCAGUCCGCGAGGGGGACGUCUGGGAAAACCUGGUCCUCACUGGUCUGCACGCGUGCGGGGACCUCAGCCCCACUCUCCUCCGCCAUUUUGUCAAAUGUCCUCACGUACGCGCCAUCACCUCCGUGGCAUGCUGCUACAUGAAGCUCACCACCAAAGAGCAGCCCUUCCCUCCGGGCGUCCUCGGACUGUCACCGCCAAACCCCGAGCCCUGUGACUUUGGCUACCCGAUGAGCGCGCACGUACGGGGGCUGGCGGGACACCAGUUGCCCUACAAGGCGCGGGAGGCGGCUUGUCACGCCAUGGAAGACUACGUGGAGAGGCUGCGCGAGGAGAGCCCGCUGUUGAGGACGCAUUGCUACCGCGCCGCGUUGGAGGUCUUCAUCACAGACAGCAGGCCGGAUCUGCGCAGGGCGGGAAUACAGACGGUGAAGAAAGCCCAUUUGUUGACUUUCAAUGAGUAUGCCCGCUUGGGUCUGGCCCGGGUGGGUCUGCCCCCAUCCCUGCCUUUGGAUGAGGACCGCUUGGAGGCGAUGCUGGCACAGCAGGGCCGGGUGGUGGUGGUCUUCAGCUUGGCGCUGCUGCUGGCUCCCGUAGUGGAGACGCUGGUGCUGCUGGACCGCAUCAUCUACCUGCAGGAGAACGGGGUGCGCAGUCAGCUGAUUCCUCUUUUCGACCCAAACUUUUCUCCGAGGAAUUUUGUGCUGGUGGCUCGGAAGAUUCCGGAAUAAUUCUUCAAAGGGUUGUACAGUAUGUAGACUUCAAGCUAAGAGGAUUUCCGCCUCGCUUUUUGGAGGUUUUUAAAUAACAUAAAACUCAGAUUUUUUUUUUUUUAAACGCAAUCAAUU